AUGGUGCAGGACUUCACCGACGUCAUGCUCUUCCACGAGAAGGCGAAGGUCCUGCGAGGAGCUCAGAACAAGAGCUUGAUCUGCGGAAGCAUCACGCGGCUAAAGCUGGGCCAGGACAUGAAGGGCGGGGCAACCUGCAACGCUAGUCACAACCCGGAGCUCAUCCUCAAUGGCUUCGUGACACGAUUAGGCCGGCGCCUCGCGAGGCAGUUCGCGGCUCUUUUUCCACAGAGGCCAGAUUUCGAAGGCCGAAGGACCGUGACCUUCCACAACCAGCGAGAUUUCAUAUUCUUCCGGCACUACAGGUACGUCUUCAAGGAGGACGGCACGAAGUGCAAGCUCCAGGAGAUUGGGCCCAGGUUCACUCUAAAGUGCAGGUACCUGCAGCACGGCACCUUUGAUGCCAAGGAGGGCGAGUACGAGUUUAUCUGGAGACCAGACUCUCAGGUAAGCCGGAAGAAGUUCUUCGUCGCGAGCUCGGGCUGCUACCGCGGCGCUGCGCCAUGCUGCGCCAGCAUGGGCCGCUGCAGCGCUUCGAUGCAUGGUCCAAGGGCGUCUGGAGGUGAAUGCCUUUCACUGCAGCGCGGCUUUGGCCUCGAUGGAGGAGACAAGUUCGUGGUUUCGCUCAGUUCAGCUUCUUCAGUCGAUGCGUGGUCUCGGUGUACAGCCGAACGAGAUCAACCUCAGCGUGGCAUUGAAAGCCUGCCGCUCUGCCGGCCACUGGCCCGCGGCUCUGACCGU